AUGCUAUUCUCACUAUUACUCUACCUCUACUAUGCUACCGUACCUCUGUUAGCGCUCGAAGUAGCGCUAAUUCCAUCUACGGGCUGUUAUAGCCAUGAUGUUAUGAUGAAGGAUGUAGGGCAAAGUAUGCCACAAGGAACGAAUAUAACGUGGAUACAAACGUUUCUUUAUGAUUUUGGAUUUGGAGAGAUGCGAUUGCCCGAGCAGUGGACACGAAUUAGCAUUUGGGGACAUGAUGAAGAAGGAUUGAAGGUGAUGCGGACAGCUGGUAGUCUUUUAUGGGAACAAAAUGUUCCCACAGACUUUGAUCGACCGUGGGAUCUUCGAGGAAGCUUCCUCUUCUUCAAAAUGCUCGAGAGACAUCAGACUUUUUGUGAGAAAAUGCUGGAGGAUCCACGUUUCCUACAGUAUAUGCGGGCGCGAAGGGCAGAUAUUGUUUUGUUGGAUCAUUUUUUGCAGGAAUGUAUGGGCGGCUUAGCUUAUUUAUUGAAUUCUUCUGUGGUACAAUUUUCAAACUGGCCCAUUGCCGAUGGUUACAUUACAUCCUUGAAUAUACCAGCUAACCCUAGUGCUGUUCCCAAAACAGGAUCCCCUUACAGUGGUCUGGGUAUGGCAUUUCCUCAACGUGUCGGUAAUCUUCUAUUUCAUUGGGUUAUCAUCGCUGCAAGAACCAUACAAUCACAUGUGUUAAGGAGAAUGUUUGCGAGAAGAGGUUACGAGGUUGAUGUGAUUAAAUCCGAAGCAGAAAGGAUCAUCUAUGCUGGUCGUUCCGAAUUUCUUUUCGAUGUUGUUCGACCGAUAAACAAUCGUAUCAAGCAUUUUGGGAGUAAUCAGCUGAACCGGAGCGAUUUUGUUACUGUAAUCCCUGAAAUGAGCUCGGAUUCCGAGCGCAUCGCCCAGUACAAAGACGACCAGCAUCCUCGAGACAACAUCAAACUUCUAAACGAUACAGAUCGCCCACCCCUUAUACUGGCGGAGUGUUUGGAUCCAUCCGAUUCCAAACCUAUCGCCAGUGAUAACAUGUCUUCCUCACUCAUGAGGAGGGCAAACCUAUACCAAGGAUUGAGGCAGCAUAUUGUAAAAAUGAAAUUCGCAUCUAUUUGUGCGCAAUUUCCUGAACUAGAUUGGCCUUCUCUGACCAAGGAGAAGUUUAUUCUUGUCAGCUUUGGAAGUGUGGCACAGGCCCAGCACAUGCCUUUGUAUGUGGUCAGCAAGAUCUUCCAUGCGUUCGCUCAGUCUCCAUACAAGAUAGUCUGGCAAACAAACUCGCCCACUGAUGCUCUUCUAUGGACACGGAAUGUAAGCGUACCUGAAAAUGUUGUAUUGACACCUUGGGCACCCAUCAAGCAGAUUCUAGCACAUCCAAAUCUACAGUAUCUGAUCUGUCAUGGCGGAAUCAACACAAUCAAUGAAUUGCUGCUGUUUGGAGUUCCUGUAGUGGGAGUGCCACUCCAGGGUGACCAAGGCUCAAAUCUCAGACGAUUAACUGACUUAGGCGCUGCAGUUAUGGUCACCACAGCGCAAAUAGCUAAGGGCGAACUAGUUCGAACGAUGAGAACUUUUGAAUACAACCUGAACAAGCAUUGGCAGAGAGCAGCACAGCUAUCAUCUAUGCUUGAGACAUAUCGAACACUACACAAAGAUCAGCAACAUUUUUGGAUUGAUUGGACGGGUCGUCACGGACGAAAGCUCCUUGAUAGAAAUUUGUUCAAUAUGCGAUACAUUGGAGACACAGAGAACAGUUUUUGGAUGGCACUAACGGCGACUUUGUUUUUGUCUUUUCUAGUGGUUCUAUGUUGA